UUUAAACGUUAACGGUUUGUACUGCAGUUUCAUAUCCGUCGCUGUAGGAACAACACACGGCUGCGUUAGGUGAGGUGUCGGAUAACAGUUUGAGAAUAUGGCCGAGAGAGACUCUGGUGAUAACUGUGAACGCUAUGAAUUUGACGCCCCUUCUGAAGUGGUCGACUUGAAAGAGCUGGACAAUGCCGAAUACGACGAUAAGUGGUUUGAACAACAAACCACGGAAGCAGGUGGUCACCUUAAAACACCUUCAAGAUCUGACCAACCCUUUAUGAGGAGUGAUACGCUCAACCUGCCAAGAGCCAUCGUAACCCCACAAGUCAAGAAAGAUGUGGACUCUGGUCCUACCACAUCCACAGCUCCACCUCCAAACAUCGUCACAUCAUGGGGUGCUGGAAGUUCCCCUCAGACUGGUGCCCAGCCAAAGAGGAGAUCCGUUAAUCAACCCCCUGCCCAACCAUGCAGGGUUUCGAAGCGUAAAGGGUUAACCAGCGGUCCACCUGCACCACCAUCAAAGAAACACAGAAAGAGUCCUGUUGCCCGACCAAGCCAAAGACGCAGCAGCGUUGUCCGCAAGAAUGGGCAGCUCAAUUCCAGGACUGUGCCCAAGACCCGUACAUCAGCUUCCACUACUGCAACUACAGAGCCCAGUAGCACUGAAGAACAGGAGCUGGAGCGCAUCAGGAACCUCCAGAAAGAAGUGGCUCUGCAUCGCAAGAAGAACGAGGCCAGCUACAAAGCUGCUCUGGCUGGCGAUCCACCACUGAAGAAGAUGGUCCUAUCAGCAACUGUGCCUAAAGAAUUCCACUUUAACACGAACAACCGCGUUAAAGCGACCACUUCAACCAACACAGCCCACAAGGAAGUGGACUUUAUGUCUCGGCUCCGCAGACCCUCCUCACCAGCAAAGGCUAUGAAAGGUGCGACAGUACCCAAACCCUUCAACCUGUCGACAGGCAACAAGAGAAAAGUGGAGGAACAAUCUAGCUACGUGCCCAUGGCUCAGCAGAUAGAGCAGUUUGAGAAACGAACCCCUGACCGCUAUCAUCUGCGCAGUCGCAAGUGUCAGGAGAGAGGGCCAUCCCCAGUGAAGGGUGACCACCUGAAGCUCACCCAGCCUCACACCCCACACCUGAUGACCCUCAAGAGGAGCCGACCACCCACUGUUAAAAGCAGUGCUGACCUGGAGGCUGAAGAAGUGGACAAACUUCACAAGUUUAAAUUCAAGGCCCUGGAGCUGAACCGGAAAAUCUUGGAGAGCGUAGAGGGCCUAAAGAAGCCUGCUGUGAAGGAGCCCACUGUACCUGAAGGCUUUGAGCUGCAGAUUGAGAAAAGACUCCAGGAGAGACAGGCCACCAAGCCUCAGGAAGGUGAAGAGAAGCAUCACACCUUUAAAUCCCAUCCUCUACCCAAAAAGAUCCUGGAGGGAGUAGUGGGAUUGCCAGAGAAGAAGGUUUUGCCUCCAACUGUGCCAGAAUCUCCAGCUUUUGCCCUGAAGAAGAGGGUCCAUAUGGAGCCAAAGGUCCAGGAAGUAAAACAGCCCUCACCAAUCAAGGCCCCCCCAGUGCCCCACUUCGGCCUCCCCUUCCAACCCCGCCUACCAGAGAACCACCACGUGGAGGUUUGUCCUUUCUCCUUUGAGGAGAGGGAACGAGAGCGGAGGGCUCUGAAAGAGAAGAGGCUGGAGGAGAAGCGAAAUGAAGAGGUACCACAGUUCAAGGCCCAACCGCUGCCAGACUUCGACACUGUGCUACUCCCCGAGAAGAAAAAGCUAGAACUCACAAAGCCAGAACCCUUCAGACUGCUCUUAGAUGAACGGGGAGCUAUGAGGAACACCCGCUGGGAACAGAUGGUGAAAGAAGAGCAGAAGCAACAGGAGGAAGCGGCAAUAUUCAAAGCCAGGCCCAACACAGUCACACACAAAGAGCCUUUCCAGCCCAAAAAGGAGAGCCGGCCUGCAGUGGAAGGCAUUCGCUCUUCCACAGUUGUGGAGGCCUUUGAGCUGUCGACUGAGCGGCGGGCCCGCGAGCGGCAGGAGUACGAGCGGCUGGCCAGCGAGAAGGAGUCGCUCAGGUCGUUAAUGGAGGAGGAGCAGAGACGGGAGGAGGAGCAGAGGGAGAAAGAUGAGAUUGCCAGGCUGCGGCAAGAACAGGUUCACAAGGCUCAGCCCAUCAGACACUACAAACCUGUCGCACUGAAGAAGAGUGAACUUCCUCUCACAGUCCCACAGUCACCAAACUUCUCUGACCGCUUCCGCUUGUGAUCUGCCCACCUCACCCACUCUGUAAAAGUCUGCUUAUUUUACUACUUCAAAUGUUUAAUAUUUCUUUUUUUAGCAAGGUGCCCUUAAACAUGCAUGUAUUCCAAAUGGAUACUGGCUGUGAAGUUGUGAAUAGAGGAGUAUUUUGACUUGAGCUCUGUUUUAAUGUCUGUUCCAUGUUGAGCUUUUAGAUUUUAACCAUGUGUUGUAUAUUCUCCUUUUCAAUUAAAUGUUCUAAAAAUAUUA